AUGUGUCAUGCACUUCCAUCGGCGUGGCCCAAAUUGCGCAGGACAUCCAAGUUGUACAUGUGGCGUCUUGAUGAACCCAAACUUCACGCGCUUCAAACGACGUUGAUCGAAGAUCUCAAUCUGGUUUUUGUUGAUUUGCAUGAGCUUUGCGAGAGAGGUGAUGUCGAGUGCGUAUGGAUCCUCCUGUCCCAGGGGAUGAGUGUGAAGCUGAGAGAUGCCGAAGGUGCCACACUUUUACAGAAGGCAACCCACAGCGGACGCAUUCCUAUCUUGAAACUGAUCACCGAGAAGGGCGGCAACUUGAACGCCAAGGGUUCAUAUGGAUACACUCCGUUGCACGAAGCUUGCUACCUCGGACAUGAAGAUGUCUGCGAGUUUCUUCUAAGCUACAAGGCCAACGUUGAUGCCUUGAGCAAGAACGGCUCGACCCCUCUCCUCGUGGCAUCCCGGGAAGGGCACACUCCCGUGUGCAAGGCCUUGCUGAAGCAUGGCGCGGAUGCUGACGACGGUGGUGACAAGGGCUGGACACCUCUCUCUGUGGCAUCUGGCGAAGGUCAUGCAGAGGUUUGUGACACUCUGUUGAAAUACAAUGCGAACGUGCAAGGCUUCUCAUCUGAUGGCCGCUUCGAGAGGAGUGCUUUACAGGAGGCAGCAGAGCAGGCAGGUCCUCAAAGCUUUCUUUGCCGUGGACCAAGCAAAGACGCACAGCUACAGUGGAAGCAGUUCAGAGUGCCCACCUUACAGCCACGUGGCACACGUGGCACACGUGGCACACGUGGCACACGUGGCACACGUGGCACACGUGGCUCUCCCUCUGUGCUGCAUGCCUUGGAUGCCUUGGAUGCCUUGGAUGCCUUGGAUGGCAUCGAUGGCACCGAUGGCACCGUGGUGUCCCUGGUGUCCCAGCUGGGGAUUGCGACUUGGCACGACCUCAGAUUCUUGCCAUGUGGCUAUCAUGUGGCUCUUAGGGCAGUAGGGGGCCUCUUUGCGCUUUUUCGCUUUUCGUUGGCCUUUUUGACUGCAUGGAAUGAGAGCAGCUUGAAGCCUUCCGAAUGGACCCUUGCUGCUUCUCGAAACUGGAGGAGCUUGACCGGGGCAGCCAAAAGUGUGGUGCGACAUCUGAGUCCUGCUGACUUCGAUAGCGCCCAUGGACUCCAGAAGCUGCUUGAGGCUUUGCCAGGAGAGAGUGGCCAUGAAGUCAACUAUGACGGGACCGAGCGCAAGCAGCCCUCCAAUGAGAAUGCCAACAAACAGAUGAAAUCCGACGUGCCCAUCGAGAAGGACUUCUUCGGGGACGAGUUGCGAGCUCUAUGCGGAGACAAUGAGGAGCUCUAUGCGAAGGACUAUGUGGACGAAUGGUGGACUGCUGCUGAGAGCAGUUACUGGGCUGGUGGCUACGAAAUGAUGGAAGUGGCAAAGACCCUCAAAGGAGCACGACAGGCUGUGGCAAAAGUCAGAGCAGCCCGAGGAUAUUAUGAUGUGAAUGGAAUGAAAGGAGCUCCAAAGGGAGCCAAAGGAAAGAACAAGGGCAAGUCCAAAGGAUCCAGCUCUAGCCCAGGAAAGAUGUACACCAAGGGCAAAGGCAAGAAAGGGAAGUCCAAGCACAAGGUGGCCUACAACUUCGACUACUUCGUGAACGUCUCGCAGUAUGAGGACCUCCUGGACCUGGUGACGAUGCACCUCCUGAUGGUGGACAUGGUGGUGAUUGCAGGGAGAUUGUCAUCAAGAUCGCGGAGCUCUUACCGUGGUGCAGGUGAACCCGAAGCUCAUGAAGCUGUGCGAUCGGCAGCGAUGGCCGAACCUCUGGAGCCUACGAGCGAAGUGGAGGCACUGGUUGAAGGUGAAGGAGAAGGAGAAGAAGAGGACGCACAGAUGGAAGAAGACCAACCUGUGGAACCUGGACCUGCUCACCCUGAAUACCAUGCACCUCCUCCUCUUGGAGUUCCCCUUCAGCAAGAUGCCAUGGUUGGAAAGUUAAGUGACUAUGACAAGUACGACAACGAAGAGCCUGAGCAGGUGAAACAGGCCAUCGUCGUCUCAACAACCGUGGCCGAGAUCCCCAACAGCAGUUCUCCUGUAGGACGCAGAGGUGGCAGUGGAAUGAUUCUGAUGGUGUCACAUCAUGGACUCGGUCAUGGAGAACAACGUGGUGACACGAGACUGCAGGAUUUGGCUCGAAGACUCUCUGACGACUUGAAGAGCCGGAUCAAUGGCUCAAUCCCGAGUAGCAGCCUCCGAUGCCGAUCCUCGACACCUGGGACAAGGCACUCCAACAACAACUGGGACAGCUUCAACCGCGGCACCAACACCGGCAUCUCCUACACCGGCGCCGACGACACGGACAAGGACAACAAGGCCAAGGCAAAGGCAGCUCCGACAUCCUACGUUGGAGGAGAUCGAGCAGAACAUGGAGCAGCCUUGGAUGAUGGCCGUGGAAGUGGUGGACAACUGAGUGGCCUUUGGGCCUCACUGAAGAGUUUGCGAGAAAGGCUGAAGAGCCCCUGUGGGGCGACGGGUCCGGCCUUGGACCCAAAUAGCCUUGAAACCUUUGAAGAUGGGACUGUGAAUUCAACAACUUCCAAAUUGACAUCUAACCUGCAACCGCACCACUACGUGCACUAUGCAACCACGCGACAGUACGAAAGAGGACAUUUUGUCCGUCAAGAACUACCUACACAGGUUCGGAGAAGUGUGCCAAAGACUGGGCAGAAGGGAAGGUCUGACAAGGACCCUGAGGGAAGGUCUGACAAGGACCCUGAGGACAUUCGAGAUGAAGUUCGAGAAGGGAUGAAGAACCUGGAGAAGAUGAUUCAAAUCUCUACCAGCUCAAGAUCUUCCUCCCGCUGA